GACGCGAUAAGAAUCCCACCUUUCUCGUGAAGGAUACUUGAGGUCCUAGCUACCCAGGCCGCAGCAGCAAGCAAAGCUGCACCUUCCGUCUGUUUCAUCCAACGGCCUGGAUUAUGCCCUAUCGGGCAUGGUUCCGGUAGUACGGUCAAGGCUUCCCGAGGUCUCCAGUCAACGACCCACACGUGAGUCUUUAGAUGCAAGCACGGACGCAUCUAUACACCAUUCUCCUGUGGUUCCGACUGCUGCAAACAUCCAUCUUCCUUAUGCCGUCCUGAACUGCAGACGCAGCUAUACCCGCCAAAAUGUCUCAUGCAGCUUCUUUCGUGCCGGUCCUCUUCUUCCUACUCCCACUUGUCCAGGCGGCAUCGUUCCUCGAGUUCCUUGACUUCACGUCCCCGUCACCGCUCAUCUUCCAUUCGCUGGCUACUCUUCUCCAGGUCCAGCCGCAGACUCUGUUUCCCAAUGGCCACACCAUAGCCUCGGUCACCGUUCCCCGGCAUACACUUCUCUACCAUGGCCGUCACGAUAACGACCCUGUCCCGAGCCCAGAAUGGCUAGCUUUCGAUAUGGAGAUGGCAUACGGAAUUAUGGGAAAUAUGCCGGACUCUCGCCUCCUGACUUACAAGACUACGAGGAACGUUCGGGCUGUGUACUUCGACGGGACGAGCGCGAGCCUUAUGGGGGACGGCACGUUUUCACAGAUGGUCUUCCUCUACAAUGGGACUGACGAUGUACCUAAGCGAGGAGGACGGGGUCCGCCACCAGGACGAGGCCACCGCGACCACGGUCACCCAAAAGAGCCCGAGAACGAAAACACAUCCCCACGGCCACCUUUGAGAUUGUCAUUUCCUCGCUGGAAUCCCCUUCAAGACGAGUACUUUCGCGCCAGGGAACUCUGCAAGUGGCUCGAAUCAAGCGGUCUUGGUGGUCAGGGAUGGGGUUACGAAGGCAUCGUACGCAUGAACGCUGGUUUUGAGCUGAUCUGGUGCGACUUCGAUAGCCCAUCACUCAAGCUGGUCUCAAAUCUCAACGUAUCUGCGCCCCGCAACUACGAUCCUACAGCUGCGCUAGAGCGGGCUAAGGCGCGAUGGCUUCGGAUUCUCGAACUUGAGGAACCUUUAUCUUCGGAGGAUCAAGCGAAGUUAAACCAAGUGCUUGGUAUUCAAGAACCAAUUCGUACGAACCCUCAAUUGACCUUGGGUCCGAGUGAAGAUGAAGGGCCUCAUGGACCUGGGAUGACCGAUCCGCGAGAGCCAUUCCGGAAUACAUCAAGUUGGUUCUGGUCCACGGCUGCAGCAAAGAGAUAUCAUGGGGACUCGAGAAUGAGGGUGGAUCCGCGGGGAAUAUUUUCGUUCUACGAACCUGGCCUUCGUAAUCAGUUUCGCUCCAGAAUUGAAGACGAUAUCAGUCGGCUGAACCUGGAGACGAACGGAAGAUGGCGAAGAGGAGGUAAUGGAGAAAACUCUUUCUCUUCGUAUGCAGAGCGCAUAGCACGACGAUCUGACGAAUUGCGGGCGUUAAUGGAGCGCCGGCGGCAACACCGCUUGACCAGCGUUGCGGGCAAAGAUGGCGUCUAUAUGCGCGCCGCCGUAGAGAAGAGACUCAAGAACACUCUGGCAGCAUCACGGAAUGGUGACGAUGUCGACUGGCAUUACACAGCGGAGGAAAUCAUUACCAGGUACCACAACGAGCUGACUACCCUUCUGGACUACCUGGAAAUGGCCCCAAAACCCCAUGAGACCCACCUUCCUCUGGAUGCAUGGAUAUACCAAGUUCGGCAAGUAACCCACUGGUUUAUGCUUCCCUCCCUCGAAUACCCCCCUGAUAGGCCGUACACACAGGAGCGACUGCAAGAGAUAUUCAACCUAGACUCCCGUCUCGCGCAGACAACCUUGGAGCGCUGCAUUACUCAGUACGACCUAGACGAGCAACCAGUCGGCGACGAAGACUCAAUUCUGGGCAAUGCAAUCAAAGAGACUCUGCACGGCAUAUGCUCUACAGUUAUCAGGAUAGGACUCGGCGUCGAAUACUACUGGCUCAUGUACUUCAACCCCGCACCAGAGCUAGGCAGUUCUCGCUUCCUAGCCGUGUCCCAGGAACUCAAGUAUGCCGCCGAGCUCUGGGAACAGGACAUGCAAGAGCUGCUGGCCUGGCUGGGCUGGGCUGAGCAGUGGUCAAGGUGUGAGAAGCAGUGUGACGUGGGCGAGAUGUGCUACAUGCCGAUGUGGCCUGUUGCUGGGUGGGGUAGGGGUCGAUGGGGAGAGGAUCCCGAGUUCUUGUGGCAGCCAGUGUGUGUUGACAUGAUGGAUUAUCCGCCAGAGAAUAGCGGGAGCAUGUAGAUAGAUAGAUACCCUGAGAUGUAUAGCGUAUGAAGGAACGGCUGCGCAAAGUAUGCUGAAGGCCCAUCAGCGUCCCUUAUUCAAAGCCCGUAAAAGUGGCGGCGACGACAAUACAUGGAGGGAGUCGUAGGAUUCCGGGGAGUGAAAACGAACACGAGGGUAAUCCAUGAGACGGAAACUACACAGCUGCAUGCAUGCUCAUGAUGCAACUCC